UCACGGACCGGGAGGCGGGCUCGGGAGAGGGCGGCGGGGAGGAGGCUCGGCGCCCGGGAGGGCGGAGGAGGCCGCGCAGUCCCAGCCCGGAGCUUCAAAACAGCCGGCGCCUCACCCCGCGCGCAGCCCGCCACUGCGUCCAGACGCCCGCGCCCGGUUUGGAUUUGUCUCUCCCAUCUACUUUGGCUCCUCCUUCCUCUCUGGACUUCCCAGCUGCCCCGUCGGCCUUCACUGCCCUGUGAACAUGUUGGUGAUUCUUGCCUUCAUCAUCCUCUUCCACAUCGUCUCUGCGGCGCUGUUGUUCAUUUCCACCAUUGACAAUGCCUGGUGGGUGGGAGACGGCUUCUCAGCGGACAUCUGGAGAGUGUGCACCAACACCACAAACUGUACAGAGAUUAACGACAUGAGUGGCACUGAGGCUGAGCCAUACGAAGGUUACUCCGUCAUGCAGGCCGUGCAGGCCACCAUGAUCCUCUCCACCAUCCUCUGCUGCGCCUCCUUCCUCAUUUUCCUGCUCCAGCUCUUCCGCCUCAAGCAGGGAGAGAGGUUCGUGCUGACUGCCAUCAUCCAGCUCCUGUCAUGUCUGUGUGCCAUGAUCGGGGCUUCCAUUUAUACGGACCGGCGCCAAGACCUUCACCAACAGAACUACCAAAUCUACCACCUACUGCAAAAUGGCAGCUACGGCUAUUCUUUCAUUCUGGCCUGGGUCUCUUUUGCCUUCACCUUCGUCAGUGGCCUCAUGUACAUGAUCCUAAGGAAGCGCAAAUAGGUUUCAGAAGCCCGGCCGCUCUCCCCACAGUAUGGCGGCAUCCACGUUCACAUAACCAUUUUGUAUAUAAUCAUUUUUUUGUGGUUUUUCUAGCAAACAUAUUGUUUCCUUUAAAAGUGUUUAUAAAAAAAAA